CUGCCUCGCUGAGAUCAUCUCUUGACGUAAAGCAGAGAUGAUGAAACUAGCCAUUGCUGUGGUGGCCAUGCUGGCGUUGGCCGAGUGCUUCGUCCAGGUGCCCCUGGUGAAGGUGAAGACCGCCCGGGAUACCCUCGAGGAGCAGGGCCUGUGGGAGCAGGUCCGCCACAAGUACCCCUACGACCCCAUGGCCAAGUUCGACCAGAGCCUCAUGGUGACCGGCGAGCAGAUGACCAACGACGCUGACCUGGCCUACUUUGGAGUGAUCUCCAUUGGAACUCCUCCUCAGUCCUUCAAGGUGAUCUUCGAUAGCGGCUCCUCCAACCUGUGGGUGCCCUCAGUCUACUGCAACAGCGCCGCCUGCAACAACCACGACAAGUUCUCCCCCAGUAGAAGCAGCACCUACAGGUACAACGGCAAGCCCCUGGACAUCCACUACGGCACCGGCAGCAUGACCGGCGUCCUGGCCUACGACACCGUGACGGUGGCCGGAGCCGCGAUCCGCAACCAGAUCUUCGGCAUGAGCCAGACAGAGGCUCCCUUCCUGCAGCACAUGAAGGCCGACGGCAUCCUGGGCCUGGCCUACCCCCGCCUCUCCGCCUCCGGCGCCACCCCCGUCUUCGACAACAUGAUGAAGCAGGGCCUGGUCACCCAGGACAUGUUCUCCGUGUACCUCAGCAAGAACUCCGCCCAGGGCAGCGUGGUGACCUUCGGGGGUGUGGACCCUAACCACUACUCCGGCUCCAUCAACUGGAUCCCCCUGUCCAGCGAGCUCUACUGGCAGAUCACCGUGCAAAGCGUCUCCGUCAACGGCCGGCCGGUCGCCUGCGUCGGCGGCUGCCAGGCCAUCGUGGACACCGGCACCUCUCUGAUCGUUGGGCCCCAGAGCGACAUCAGCUCCAUCAACAGCGCCGUGGGAGCCACCAGCAGGGGCAAUGACUUCGUCGUCAACUGCAACGGCAUCCAGCAGAUGCCCGCUGUGGUCUUCCACAUCAACGGCCACGAGUUCAGCCUCCCCGCCUCUGCCUACGUCCGCCAGGUAACUGUCGGCAUGGCGUCCGGAGGCAGCAACCUGUGGAUCCUGGGAGACGUGUUCAUCAGGGAAUACUACUCCAUCUUCAGCCGGGCACAUAACAUGGUCGGCCUCGCCACGGCCCGCUAA